AUGGACCUGCCCAAGUUCACUGGCUCGCCCGGCACCUUUCAUGCGUGGAGCAUUCGCAUGAAGAUGGCGCUCAUGCUCCGCGGCGACGACGUCUGGGCAGCUGUAGAGGCAGAGCAUCGAUCCUCUCGCCCGCAGCACGGACGAGCAGCUCCAUUCAAGAAGGCGGCCGUCGUCAGCCACGGCCCUCAGCGCGUGGAGACCUUCGCCAUCCACCACGAUGCCCUCAUGCUGCAGCCCGAGGGCGAGGAGGAGGGCCACGCCAUCGGACCAGUGCCACCACAGCUGUGGCUCGCUGACAGCGGUGCCACGGCGCACAUCACCAACGACGCCUCCCUCCUCACCAACUACAUCGCCGUCACGCAGCACGUCACCGUUGCCAACAGCCAGGCCGUCACGGUCAUCGGCAAGGGCGACGCCGUGCUCCGCGUGACUGGCACCGACGGCGCUCCAGGCACCAUCACGCUGAAGAACGUGCUGCAUGUCCCCGACAUCAAGUACAACCUUUUGGCGCUGAACCUGGUGACUCGCGCGCGUCGUGGUGCUUCCGUCGUCAUUGCUGCGGACGACAGCCGCAUCCAGUUUGCCACAUGGAGUGUGCCUCUGCUGCCGUCCAAGGACACCGGCCACCUCUUCCUCUACGCCAGCACCACGACCUCCCAACAAGCCACGGCGCUUGCGGGGGAGCUCGUGCACAGCAGCGAUGGGGAAGCCGAGGAUGCUGACGAGGGCGCCUCUGCACACGACGUGCUAGGCCAUCGCAGCAGCGCGGCUGUCGACGCCAUUCGGCAGCAGAUCGCCCAGGCCUCUUCCAAGCACAUCGUCACAUGUGGACCAUGUGCGCUUGGCAAGAGCACGCGCGCCUCCAUCCCGAAGCAGUCUGCUCCACGUAGCGCUGGGCCAUGCCAGCUGUUGAGACACGACAGGUGGUGUGUGUGUUUACUGUAG